AUGGCAGCAGCAGUAAGCAGUAAGGUAUUAUAUGAUCAUGAGGGCAUUUUCAUACACACUAACACAGAGGGGAAUGAAGAUCAGGAUUCUCUUACAUCAGGGUGUUUACGGGUGAUUGACAAGGAUGGAGAGAUAUUUGUGGAGUACAAACCUUUGGAAGAUGAUCUGGCCAGCAUGCUCUGCGCAGGCAAAGACUCCAGCUCGGUAGUGGAGUGGAGCCAGCCAGACAGAGCCCUUCAGCCACUGGACCGGCAGCACAGCAGUGAGACUGAGUGGGAUAUGCUCAAUGCUGUCUACUUCAGAAAGAAACCAAUGAUCAAUGGGGAUGCUUCCAACCAUUUGCCAACGAGGAACAGGAGAGCGUUCAGUUUCAGUUUGAAUGACCUGCUGUCCAUCAAAGUAAAGAAGGAGGGCUGGUCCUAUCUGAUCCCCUGCCUUAAAGAUGAUAGCACGCUCCCUGAGCUCCACUUUCACCAAGGCGGCAGUGAGGCCUUCCUGGACUGCUUGAGGAGAUUUGUCAUUCUCACCGAGUCUGCCUUUGAUAAGUCCUGCCUGCAGGUCAGUCACCCUAACAAAGCACUUUCACAGUCCUUUGAGAAUCUGCUGGAUGACACUACCUUUGGCCUUGUUCAGGUGGGUAUCUUCCUCUACAGAGAUCUCCACUUUCUACUUUAUCAUUGGAGAAAGUUUCGGAAGGACCCUUACACCACCACACUAGGGGGCUUCUCCAAAGUGACCAACUACCUCUUUGACGCAUUUAAGGGAGCAGAGGUGGAGCAGCAGGAGCGGCCAGCUGAGGAGGUGGCCGACAUCCUCAGCGAGGUCAUCCCAGGCCUGGAGAUCAACCAGCAGGAGGAGCCUGGCUUUGAGGUCAUCACCAGGAUUGAUCUAGGCUUGAGGCCAGAGGUGGAGCGAGGGGAGCCUGUGUGGGUGGAGGAUUGGGCAAAGCACAUGGAUUCAGAGGGGCGCAUGAAAACCAUUCAGCAUCUGAAGCAGAAAAUCUUCAAGGGGGGCCUGUGUCACGCUGUGAGGAAGGAGGCCUGGAAGUUUCUCCUGGGCUAUUUCCCAUGGGACAGCACACACAAGGAGAGAGAGAGUCUGCAGAGAACGAAGACAGAUGAAUAUUUCAGGAUGAAGCUUCAGUGGAAAUCAGUGAGUGAGGAGCAGGAAAAGAGGAACUCUAGACUGAGAGACAACAGGAGUCUGAUAGAAAAAGAUGUCAACAGGACUGACAGAACCAACACGUUCUACGAGGGCCCAGACAACCCUGGUCUGAUCAUGCUACAUGACAUCCUAAUGACAUACUGCAUGUAUGACUUUGAUCUUGGUUAUGUCCAGGGCAUGAGUGAUCUGCUCUCUCCCAUCCUCUAUGUUAUGGAAAGUGAAGUGGAUGCCUUCUGGUGCUUUGUGUCAUUCAUGGAUCAAAUGCACCAGAAUUUUGAAGAGCAGAUGCAAGGUAUGAAGACGCAGCUGAUCCAGCUCAGCACGUUGCUACGGUUACUGGACCUAGCAUUCUGGAACUACCUCGAGGCUCAGGAUUCAGGCUACUUGUUCUGCUUCCGCUGGCUGCUCAUUCUUUUCAAGAGAGAGCUCAGCUUCCAGGACGUGCAGCGUUUGUGGGAGGUCAUGUGGACAGGCUUGCCAUGCCAGAACUUUCAUCUGCUUAUGUGUUGUGCUAUUCUUGACUCAGAGAAACAAACAAUCAUGGAGCGGAGUUACGGCUUCAAUGAGAUUUUAAAGCAUAUCAACGAGCUCUCAAUGAAGCUGAACAUCGAAGAGAUUCUUGGAAAAGCUGAAGCUAUUUGUUUGCAGUUGAAGUGUUGCAAGGAUUUACCCGCCUCAGUAGCUGAAAUUCUGGGCUUUAACACGGAUGCAGAAUCAUCUCAAAUGGAAGCAAGUGAUCCAGGGGGCCAGGGUUCUCCAGAGCCUGUCACGGGUGCAGACGGAGUGGAAACAGACUCCAGCUCCUCCAGCAACCAGCAUUUACUGGAAGCAGCUCAAGAUGUUUACAAGUUAGCUUACAUAUCAUAGCUAACAAUUUAGUCUAUACAAAAGAGGUCUUUGAUACAUAAAAAGUAUAUUUUCUGGAUGUAUUAUGAAGAUGAACAAAAUAAUUUACAAAUCAUUUUUGUAAAAUCGAAUUUGUUGUGAUCAUUGGUGUUGUCUUACUGGAAUCUAUUUUUUCAAAGUUUGCUGGGAAGGAUUGAACUAUUACACAAGAAAAAAAAUGAAUAUAUUUUCUCAUUUGCUUUUGUUUGAUGCUCAAGAAUCAUGCACAAGCUGUCAAUUAACCUGUACAUAGUUGUAAUAUGAUUACAGUUGUUGUUAUUGCAAGAGUUUUAACUGUUCAGAUUUAGUGUUGCAAAGUAUUAUCAUCUGGGCUGCCUUUGUUCUGCAGAAUCAUGUGAAAGGAUACAGACCUAUCCUUUGCCUUGUACAAUUACAUUGUUUUCUACAUUUAGCCAAAAGAAGACAUGACUAUAGU